AUCCGUGCAUAGGGGGCUGGGAAAACUGAAGAGGGUCGUUUCUCCUCUUCUAGAUUGUGUGAACAGUCCUUCCUACCCAGAGCGCAUUCCUCUGCUCUCGCUCCAAGCGCGCAUGAUGGUAGAGGGAAAGAUGAACCCUUUGGCAAAAUGGGCGCUGGUCCUUUUAGGGCUUCUCUCCCUUAUUCUGAACAUCGUCCUCAUCGGCAUCCACUCCAGCAGGGCACCCAAAUGUUCCCGUGAACGCAUCCACCCGCUGCGAGGCAGACACGACGACCGCACCCUUGUGUUCGCUGACCUCACCCGGGAGGAGUAUAUGAAGGUCCAGCAGUAUUUACUCAAACAAAAAGACCUGGCUAUAUCCACCAGCCAGAUCACAAAGCCAUCUGAAAACUUUCUCUUCUUAAUAGAACUGUCGCUCCCAAAGAAAGCAGAGGUGCUGGCUUACCUGGACGAGAAAGGCACCAAACCGGUGAGAGAGGCGACGGCAGUGGUUUUCCACGGCGCAAAAGGCUAUAUCAAGGAAUAUGUAGUGGGACCUCUCGACAACCCAGCAUACCACAGAGAUGUGACUAAAGAGAGGUAUCAGGUGGAUGUCCCCAUUAAUGCGCGUCCGGUCACCAUUGGGGAGUACGUCUUGGUUUUUCGUUUAUUUGAAACCGAGAUCUUCUCCAAGUUAGAGAAACUCCUUCGAGAAAGCUUUGGGGUAGACAAGAAAAAGACGCUGAACGCGUUCGAGCAGAUGCCUCGCGGAGUUCGGUCCGGGGACAGAAAAACCUGGGUGUCUUUCUUCAGGGAUAUGAGUGGCAUGUACAUCCAUCCGGUGGGCUUCGAAAUUCUGCUUCACCACGAAAGCCUAAACAUGUCACAGUGGAGAAUAGAGAAAUUGUUUUAUAACGGCAAAUAUUUUGACUCUGUAGAAGAACUUCAACGCGCAUAUGAUAAUGGGUCAGUUAAGAAAAUCGUUUAUAAAGAGUCGCCUGACUAUGGCUCUCUCAAGCCCAGGAGCAAGCCUCUGCAGAUCGGCCCGCAGCAGUUUUACUCAGAGGGGGCGCGAUACAGCGUCAGCAACAACCAUGUCCUGUACCUGGACUGGAGCUUCGCUUUCGGACUGAGCUCUCUCACCGGCAUGAAGGUGUUUGAUGUACGUUUCAAGGGUGAAAGGAUCGCGUAUGAACUGAGCGUACAGGAGGCUAUGUCGGUGUACGGUUCAGUGACUCCAGGGAUGAUUAUUACCAAGUUCCUAGAUUCAAGUAUCGGCAUUGGGCGCUUUGCCCACGAGCUCGUCCGUGGAGUAGAUUGUCCUUAUCAGGCGACCUACGUGGACACAUACCGCUACAUUGAUGCCCCACUCCCGGUCAGGUUUAGAAAUUCUAUCUGCAUCUUUGAGCACAACAUGGGUCAGCCCCUGCGCAGGCACUUCGCAGACUUUUUCCACAACAACUUUGGAGGAAUGGCAAACAGCGCUUUAGUGUUCAGGACCAUCACGGCUAUCGGGAACUAUGACUACAUGUGGGAUUUCAUCUUCUACCAGAGCGGAUCAGUGGAGGUCAAAGUUCACGCAACCGGCUACAUCUCCUCUUCCUACCUGCUUCCCGGGAGUAAAACACACGGACACCAGGUGGCUGAAAAUGUCCUGGGCAACAUUCACACGCACUUCAUUCAUUUUAAAGUGGACCUGGAUGUACUUGGUGUGAAGAAUGUAUUCCAGACCAAAGAUAUGGAGUACAUGAAUGUGUCACUGCCAUGGAUGCCUGAUCACUACGCCAUGAUCCCUAAGCUGGUGGAGAAGCAGCUCAAAACAGAAAAGGUCUUCUUCAUUUUUAUUCAGUUGCAUUAUCGGGGUUUUCUAAGAUGGAGUCCACGCAUGUUUGCCUGCAGGUAUAAGGUCGCUGUUACCAAGCAUAAGGAUGUAGAGCAGACCAGCAGCAAUCUGUACAAUCAGAACAACAUCUGGACUCCAGCUGUUGACUUCAGCAAGUACAUUGAAGACAAUGAAAGCAUAGAAGACGAGGACCUUGUUGCCUGGGUGACUACCGGAUUCCUCCACAUCCCUCAUGCCGAGGAUAUCCCCAACACCGUAACGGUGGGCAAUGGGGGUGGGGUCCUGCUGAGGCCCCACAACUACUUUGAUGAGGAUCCAUCCAUCCACUCUGCGGAUUCGGUGUACUUUGAGCCAGGCAGCGAGGACAGCUGUGAGCACAACAGGAUGGCUUGCCUCACUCGUGACACCUGCAGCCCCAACCUGGAGCCAUUCAGCUACCAUGGCUUUGAUGGAGUCAUGAAUUUUAAUGACUGGAACUGAUUUUUAUUUAAUUUAUUUUAAUUUUUUUAAUUUAAUUUAAAUUUUUUUGCAUUAUGUUGUGGAGCUUCUGAGGCCUGACAAACUCACACGUGCUUGGCCUUAAGUAAUAUUCAUGAAGGCCAUUAAAGCUGUUUCUAAAGGUAAAGGUGCACCAGGCAGCAUUUUAUAUAAUAUUCAUAAUUUUUCUCUAAAGACACAUUUAGUCACUUUUCUUUACACAUCUACCAGGAGUUAGACCUGACCACCCAGUUUAUGUCAUGUUUUUCAAAUGUAUUGAAAAGAGUUUUGCACAACCUUCAUUCAUUGCAGUUUGCAUUUGGUUGCAGCUUGCAUCAUGCAAAACGGUGAUGAAACAUAAGAGACUAUCCUGUUAGGCUGUAAUAGGCCUUUGCAUGUACAGUAGAUCACGUGUCCUAUACAGUAAGACCAGUGUCUAUACUCUAUAUC